UGUGUUCUUUACUUCGUUGUGGCAGCAAUGCUCGUGUAACUCAGUCAUCUUUGAUCCAUUGUGUGGAAAGAGGGGAUUGGUGAUUGCGGGAGUACUGAAAGAAAAGGUUUCGUAAAGUCGUAACAGGAAACCGACACGAAAUGGCUGACGGCAGAAAUCCUGAUGACUUGGCCACUGCAAUUCUUCGUAAAAAGGAUCGUCCAAACAGGCUAAUUGUUGAAGAAGCUGUGAGUGAUGACAACUCUGUUGUUGCAUUGUCACAGGCCAAAAUGGAUGAACUGCAACUGUUCAGGGGAGACUCUGUUCUUCUGAAAGGAAAACGGCGAAAAGAAACUGUAUGCAUUGUUCUGUCAGAUGACAGCUGCCCAGAUGAAAAAAUACGGAUGAACCGUGUUGUUAGGAAUAAUUUGAGAGUCCGAUUAUCAGAUAUUGUCUCAGUCCAGUCAUGUCCUGAUGUUAAAUAUGGCAAAAGGAUACAUGUUCUCCCAAUUGAUGACACAGUUGAAGGCUUAACUGGGAAUUUGUUUGAGGUAUAUCUCAAACCAUAUUUCCUUGAAGCGUACCGACCCAUACACAAGGAUGAUACUUUCAUUGUACGAGGCGGCAUGAGGGCUGUGGAAUUCAAAGUAGUUGAAACUGAUCCUUCGCCAUAUUGCAUUGUUGCUCCAGACACAGUCAUUCAUUGUGAGGGAGAUCCAAUAAAACGUGAGGAAGAAGAAGAGGCAUUGAAUGCUGUCGGCUAUGAUGAUAUAGGUGGUUGCAGGAAACAGCUUGCACAAAUAAAAGAGAUGGUUGAAUUGCCGUUACGUCACCCGAGUCUCUUCAAAGCCAUAGGUGUCAAACCACCUCGAGGCAUACUGCUUUAUGGGCCUCCUGGUACAGGAAAGACACUAAUUGCUCGUGCAGUAGCCAAUGAAACAGGAGCAUUUUUCUUUCUCAUAAAUGGGCCUGAGAUUAUGAGCAAACUUGCUGGGGAAUCUGAAAGCAACCUGCGGAAAGCUUUUGAGGAAGCUGACAAGAAUGCUCCUGCGAUUAUCUUUAUUGAUGAACUUGAUGCAAUUGCUCCAAAAAGAGAGAAGACACACGGAGAAGUUGAGCGCCGCAUAGUUUCACAGCUCCUGACCCUCAUGGAUGGCUUAAAACAGAGUUCACAUGUUAUUGUAAUGGCUGCUACAAACCGACCAAAUUCCAUAGAUGGUGCCCUGAGGCGCUUUGGUCGUUUUGAUCGGGAAAUAGAUAUUGGUAUUCCUGAUGCAACUGGUCGUCUUGAAAUAUUACGUAUUCAUACAAAGAAUAUGAAGCUUGCAGAUGAUGUAGAUUUGGAACAGAUUGCAGCAGAAACACACGGUCAUGUUGGUGCUGAUUUAGCUUCUCUGUGUUCAGAGGCAGCUUUGCAGCAGAUUAGGGAGAAAAUGGAUCUUAUUGAUCUAGAGGAUGAUCAGAUAGAUGCUGAAGUGCUGAGCUCUCUGGCAGUUACUAUGGAGGAUUUCAGGUAUGCCAUGAGUAAGAGUAGCCCAAGUGCUCUAAGGGAAACAGUUGUUGAGGUGCCGAAUGUCACUUGGGAAGACAUAGGUGGUUUAGAAAACGUGAAGAGAGAGCUGCAAGAGCUUGUACAGUAUCCUGUAGAACACCCAGACAAGUUCUUGAAAUUUGGUAUGCAACCAUCAAGAGGGGUGCUUUUCUAUGGGCCACCAGGUUGUGGAAAGACACUACUUGCAAAAGCCAUAGCAAAUGAAUGUCAAGCUAAUUUUAUUUCUGUGAAGGGACCUGAAUUGCUAACAAUGUGGUUUGGAGAGUCUGAAGCCAAUGUUAGAGAUGUGUUUGAUAAGGCAAGAGCUGCAGCACCAUGUGUGUUGUUUUUUGAUGAACUUGAUUCAAUUGCAAAAUCCAGAGGUGGUAAUGUCGGUGAUGCUGGUGGAGCUGCUGAUAGAGUAAUAAAUCAGAUCUUGACUGAAAUGGAUGGAAUGGGUGCAAAGAAAAAUGUAUUUAUAAUUGGUGCCACAAAUCGUCCUGACAUUAUUGAUCCUGCUAUACUAAGGCCUGGUAGGCUUGACCAGCUCAUUUACAUUCCUUUGCCAGAUGAAAAGUCGAGGGAAGCUAUUUUCAGAGCCAACUUACGCAAGUCGCCUGUUGCAAAGGAUGUCGAUCUGACUUACAUAGCUAAGGUCACCCACGGCUAUUCAGGAGCAGACUUAACUGAGAUAUGUCAGCGAGCCUGUAAAUUGGCAAUUCGACAAAGUAUCGAAGCUGAAGUGAGAAGAGAAAGAGAGCGAGCUAACAAUCCAAAUCUUGCAAUGGAUAUGGAUGAAGAAGAUCCAGUUCCUGAAAUUACACGUGCUCAUUUUGAAGAAGCCAUGAGAUUUGCAAGAAGAUCUGUAUCAGACAAUGAUAUCCGCAAGUAUGAAAUGUUUGCACAGACCUUGCAACAGUCCAGAGGAUUUGGAACGAAUUUCAGAUUCCCAAGUUCUAACCCAGGUAAUCCAUCACAAGGAGGGAAUAGUGGAAGCCAGCCAGGAACUUUCCAAGAAGAUGGUGAUGAUGACCUGUACAGUUAAAUGAAGACUGAAUAAAAGCAAUGAAGUUCAGUUAUAAUUGUGAAGAAAAAUCGAUACACAAUGUCUGAUUGUUCAGUAAUAAGGCCAGUUUUCACAGCAUACUGUGAAAACGUGUGAUAUCUGGAAAUGUUUGCAUUUGUGUACAUUGCUUGAGAUCAUUGUGGUUGCUUCCAUAAACUCAUGGUUUUAAAACUGUGUGUAUGUGUAAGAUUCUGUGUAUGGAAAUGCGAAUUGUGCCUAAUGUGAACGAUAAAAUUAAAUGCAGAACAACAAUAGGUUUCACAUUUAUUCUUGCAGCAUUCUCUGAACUUGGUUUGACACUAUCAAACAUCUUAUAUUGCAUUAGUGGUUAAUGAAGAAGCAGAUGUUAAUGUAAUGCACUAUUUUCGAAAUUCAUGCAAAAUAUUGAUACUACUGAUUUUGCUUUGUGGCUGUAAUUGUCCUUUUGUAAACUAGUAUUUUGAAUGUCAAGUGUUUUUCAUCAUGCCAGUACAAUGACUGGUGGUUGUUGUAAAUAUGUGAUGGAAACACUUAAAUAAUUUAUUAUUUCUGUGAUUUUUUUCCCAGUUUUCGUAUUUUAAAAUUCAUUGCAUACUUUUAAUUAAGAGUAUCCUGUAAGUUUGGAGAAUGAAUAAACAAUGUCACUGUGGUAUAGAACUUAGGCAACUGGAACCAUUAGCCUUUGUGUUUUCAGUACUUUUUUUUUACUUUUCUAGCAGGGUACUGUCUGUCUGUAGACUGGAACUUUUUAAGUAAUUCAGAAUAAAGUGUUAAAUUCAUGAAAUCAGUUUUAGUUAAAAACUUGUCGUAUUGUUCUUUAAUAGGCUAUGUUUACUUUCCCUCUCAGAUGAAAUUACUUGUAUUUGAUAUAAUUUCUUGCUUUUAAUAUUUUUCUUCAUUACAAUUUGUCCUUUUCCCAGCCUUGGUUAAGUGAGAACACAUGCAUUGUGAUUGCUACGAACAUUAUCAGCUUUUGUACUCCCCUUUGCCAUUUAUUUGAUGUCAUUUUUGACACUGUGGCUGUGUUUAUAAAAUACUGCAAGCGUUUUUCAUCUUAAAUUAUUUGUUUUAGUUCCGUACUUUCUGGAAAGUGUUAGAGAAACAUGUGGUGGAUGAAAUAAAGUGUGUUUGUGAAA